UGGGAUUGACCCACACACCCGCCCUCCGCCCCGCAAGCCAAAUACGCCGUGGCACGCGUCGCCAUGCCGCCCCAGUUCCCCACCGCCCGCCUCCUCCUCCCUAGUCACAGGCUGCUCCCGCUCCUCUCCCCUCUCCCCUCCGCGUCCCUGUCCCCUGCUCCUCGCACCCUCCGCCUCCCGCCGCCGCAGCUUCUUCACCGAGUCGCCCGCCGCCGCCCGCUGCUGCGCGGCAUGGCCUCCGCCGCCGCCCCCGGGUCACACGCCGCCGCGGAAGCGCCCCCCGUCGACGUGGGGGGAGGGGGCGCUGGCGCCCCGCGGCGGCUCGUCCUGGAGGAGCUACCCUGGGACCAUUCCUUCGUCCGCGAGCUGCCUGGCGACCCGCGAUCGGACACUAUCCCGCGGGAGGUCCUGCACGCCUGUUACUCCAGGGUGUCUCCCUCUGCCAAAGUGGACAACCCCAAGCUGGUUGCGUGGUCUGAUUCCGUGGCCGAUCUACUCGAUCUGGAUCACAAAGAGUUUGAAAGACCUGAUUUCCCUCAGUUUUUCUCAGGAGCAACUCCACUAGUGGGGAGUUUGCCCUACGCACAGUGCUAUGGAGGACAUCAGUUUGGUGUAUGGGCUGGUCAGUUGGGGGAUGGAAGAGCGAUAGCUCUUGGAGAGGUUGUCAACUCUCGAGGUGAGAGAUGGGAGUUGCAGCUCAAAGGUUGUGGAAAGACUCCAUACAGCAGAUUUGCUGAUGGUCUUGCUGUCCUACGCAGCAGCAUCCGUGAAUUCUUAUGCAGCGAAGCCAUGCACGGCCUAGGCAUUCCUACAACUCGUGCUCUUUGUCUAGUUGAAACUGGAAAAUCAGUUGUCCGAGAUAUGUUCUAUGAUGGCAAUGCAAAGGAAGAACCUGGUGCAAUAGUUUGUCGUGUAGCACCGUCUUUUUUACGUUUUGGUUCGUAUCAGAUACACGCUUCAAGGGGCAAAGAGGACAUUGAGAUUGUUCGUCGUUUGGCAGACUACACGAUACAUCAUCACUUUCCACAUCUUGAAAAUAUGAAAAAGAGUGAAGGUUUGUCAUUCGAGACAGCUAUAGGAGAUUCCCCAACAAUAGAUCUCACAUCAAACAAAUAUGCAGCUUGGGCAGUUGAGGUGGCGGAGAGGACUGCUUACUUGAUAGCUAGAUGGCAAGGUGUUGGCUUCACCCAUGGUGUACUUAACACUGACAACAUGAGUGUGCUGGGCCUAACUAUUGAUUAUGGACCAUUUGGAUUUCUCGAUGCAUUUGAUCCUAGCUAUACUCCAAAUACUACUGAUCUUCCUGGGAAGAGGUACUGUUUUGCAAAUCAACCUGAUGUUGGCUUGUGGAAUAUUGCUCAGUUCACUGGACCACUGUCCUCUGCUGAACUUAUCAGCCAAGAUGAGGCAAAUUAUGUGAUGGAGAGGUAUGGGACAAAGUUCAUGGAUGAGUACCAAUCUAUCAUGACCAAAAAACUGGGCUUAACUAAGUAUAAUAAGCAGCUAAUUAGUAAGCUGCUUAGCAACAUGGCAGUUGACAAGGUUGACUAUACCAACUUCUUCCGUCUUCUUUCGAAUGUCAAUGCGGAUCCUGGUAUUCCGGAGAAUGAGCUGCUUGUCCCACUGAAGGCUGCUCUCCUAGAUAUUGGGAAAGAAAGGAAGGAAGCAUGGAUUAGUUGGGUACAGACUUAUAUUGAAGAGCUGGUGGAGAGCGGCGUUCCUGAUGAAGAAAGGAAAGCCGCGAUGAACUCUGUUAAUCCAAAGUAUAUUCUCCGCAACUAUCUCUGCCAGUCUGCUAUCGACGUAGCUGAGCAAGGCGAUUACGAGGAGGUUCGCCGGGUGCUUAGGGUAAUGCAUAAUCCGUAUGACGAGCAGCCGGGAAUGGAGAAAUAUGCACGGUUGCCACCAGCUUGGGCAUACAGACCUGGAGUGUGCAUGCUGUCCUGCUCCUCGUGAACCCCAUGAUGCAAGACGUGGAGUCGUCGUGGACAUUACAAAAAUGCUUGGGUGCUUAUAGUCUUCCUCCUGUAUAGGGGUCCAUCUUUGUGCUGUAAUGUGUCAAGCAUCGCAUGCUAUUUUUUUUCCGGUGAUGCAAGUGUGUAAGAACCAUGUCGUUGCAGGAAUAGUGAAGCAGUGGGACCUGUUAUUGUGACUACC